AUGGCGGGGCAGGGGCAGCGGCUGACCGUGGUGCCGACGGUGACGGUGAUGGGCAUGAUCAAGGCGCGGCUGGCGGCGGCCACCCGCGGCCACGGGCUGCUCAAGAAGAAGUCAGACGCGCUCACCGUGCAGUUCCGUGCCAUCCUCAAGCGCAUCGUGGCGGCCAAGGAGGCCAUGGGGGACGCCAUGCGCAGCGCCUCCCUCUCCCUCGCCGAGGCGCUCUACGUGGCCGGCGGUCCACUCCGGCACGUCGUCCAGCAGUCCGUCUCAGGCCCCGCCCGCCUCCGAGUACGCGCUCACCACGACAACAUCGCCGGCGUCCGCCUCCCCCGCUUCGAGCACUUCUUGGUCGACGACGGAGCCAGGGCGCCGUUGCUCGCGGGGCUCGCCCGCGGCGGGCAGCAGGUGUCGGCCAGCCGCGCGGCGCACGUCCGCGCCGUGGAGCUGCUGGUGGAGCUAGCGUCGCUGCAGACGUCGUUCCUGACGCUGGAUGAGGCGAUCAAGACGACCAACCGGCGGGUGAACGCGCUGGAGCACGUGGUGAAGCCGCAGCUGGAGAACACGGUCGCCUACAUCAGGGGGGAGCUCGACGAGCAGGAGAGGGAGGAGUUCUUCCGGCUCAAGAAGAUCCAGGCCGUCAAGCAGCGGGAGCUCGAGCGCCAGGUGGAGGCGGCGAAGCUCUACGCCGUGGAGAAGGUCGCGGGUGAGGUCGCGCUCAAGCGCGGCGUCUCCCUCGGCGCCGCCGCCAGCAUGUUGGAGAACGGUGGCGGCGAGAGGGACGACGACAUCAUCUUUUGA